AGUGCUUAGUAUCUCAGCAGAAGAAGUGAACAAUUUGUAGCUGAACUACAAAGGAUUAACGAGGAUUACAAAACACACCCAUUGCCCUUUCGGUGAAAACCAUGUGCCACUGAACUUAGAAAUUAAAUUUUUUGUGAUCUUUACCAACAUGUCCUUGCAAAGGCUUUCCAUUUUAUUAGCCAUUUUGUGUGGCUAUUGUGAUGCCCAAUAUACACACUACCGUCUACCGAAGGCUGUGAAACCCCUGACCUAUAAUGUCGAGAUCAAAACUAAUUUAGAAGAUCCCGCAAAUUUGAAUUUUACUGGCGAAGUUCAAAUAGAUUUUGUAGCUUUAAGCGGUGCCGGUAAUAAUAUAACACUGCAUGCUGCCAAAUAUCAAAUCGAUCCGACACUAACGAUCUUAAUAAAUCAGGAAAACAGCGAAAUAAUUAAAAUUUCCGAUACACAAACUCAUAGUCAAUAUGAGUUUUAUAUUCUGAAUUUGGAAAAGAAACUAGAGCCGGGAGUGAAAUACAAGCUUGCGCUUACAUUUUCGGGAAAAUUAAGUCAGGAGAAGGAGGGUUACUUCGUAAAUACAUAUAAGGAUCAUGUUACUAAUGAAACCAAAUACAUGACUGCAACUCAGUUCCAACCCACUGCCGCGCGUUAUGCUUUCCCUUGCUUUGACGAACCCGAUCUAAAAGCAAAUUUUACCAUACGUCUGGUUCGUGACAAGAAAUACACCGCAUUAUCCAAUAUGCCUCUACUGUAUAACAUUGCAGACCAUAGCACUCCAGCCCUCGCUGUGACAACAUUCGAGACAACAGUCCCAAUGCCCACAUAUUUGGUGGCCUUUUCAUUAUCAGAAGACUUCAAACAUACAAUCACGAUGAAAACAGAUAAUGGCAUUGAAUUUCGUACAUGGACCCGUCCUGAUCCCAUACUAUUGAAAUCGGUUUCCUAUGCCAAUGCAAUUGGCUUUAAGUUAUUAAUGUUUUACGAAUAUAUGUUCAAUAUGAAAUACCCUUUGCCCAAGGUCGAUAUGUUAGCAGUUCCUGGUUUUAAUGGUGCCAUGGAAAAUUGGGGCUUAAUUAAAUUCAACGAACCUUUGAUAGUGUACUCCUCAAAAGGUUCGAUUGACCAAAAAAUCGCUGUGGCCACAAUCGUAGCGCACGAGGUCACGCAUCAAUGGUUCGGAAAUCUAGUCACUCUCAACUGGUGGUCAGAUAUUUGGCUAAACGAAGGCUUUGCCACUUACUUCAGUGGAGUAGGCCUCGAAAACGCCGAUAAAAAUCUGCACAUACUUUCAUUUAAGACCAUAAGAAAUCUACAGAACAUGUUUAACUCGGAUGCGCACAACGACACGGAGGCAGUAUCGCGAAAGAUCACUGAAGUCUCGGAAAUUAGGGAGGCCUUUGACGAUUUGUCGUACAAAAAGGGCGGUCUGCUUUUGCGUAUGCUCCACUAUUUCAUUGGGGACGCUAGUUUUAUGGGCGGCUUACGCGAAUAUUUGGCCAAAUAUGCCUAUCGUAAUGCGGACAAGAAUGAUUUAUGGAAUACGCUCUCUGAUAAGGCGCACAAGAAUAAAGCGCUUCCGGAAAAUAUUCAUUUGGCGACUAUUAUGGAGUCUUGGGUGUCCCAGCCAGGAUAUCCCAUAAUACAUGUGGCCCGCAAUUACGCAGAUAAUAAAACUAUAGGUACUAUAAAUAUCACCCAGGAGCGCUUCCUAUACAAUUCACAGACUACGAAACGUGACGAUUGUUGGUGGAUACCAUUGUCGUAUACCACAUCUGCGGAGCUCAAUUUUGAAAACACUAUACCGAAACAUUGGUUCCAAUGCGACGGGUCCAAGAGGAGAACAAUGGAAGUUAAAACAGAGGCCACUGAAAACGAUUGGAUAUUAUUCAACCUGCAAAUGACUGGUUUCUAUAAGAUCAACUAUGAUAUGAAUAAUUGGAAAUUGCUUAUAAGUACCCUGAAUUCUGACAAAUUUGAGAGCAUACAUACCCUCAAUCGAGCACAACUCGUUGACGAUGUCAUGAAGCUGGCCUGGAACAAUGUAAUUGACUACUACACAGCGCUGGAAUUGGUCUCCUAUAUGGGAAGGGAGCACGAAUACGAGCCCUGGAUGAUGGCUAUCUCCAACUUGGACAGCCUAAAUACCAUUCUCAGACACUCGUCGCAGUACGGGGAAUUUGAGUGGUACAUCAAAUAUUUGAUAACUCCCAUCUACAAGCACCUUGAUGGCAUGAACAACAAUUUGAUGAAGCUGGGAACGCUUCAGAAAAAGCUGAAGAUUCAGAUUCUCGGCUGGGCCUGUUACCACAAUGUUCUUGAUUGUGCCGAAAGGGCAGCGGAAAUGUUCGCGGUCUGGCGAAAUAAUCCGGAACCGGAUAAGCAAAAUCCAAUACCGUUGGAUAUGCGUGCCACCGUCUACUGCACAGCCAUACGAAAUGGUAGAGAUGAUGACUGGAAAUUCCUGUGGGAACGCUACACCAUCUCUAAGGAGGCAGACGACCGCGUCGUUCUGCUGUCAAGUCUGGCUUGCACGAGCAAAGUGUGGCUGCUUCAGCGCCUCAUCGAAGCUUUAAUGCAAAACAAUGGACCCAUACCCGAAAUCGAUACACAGUUCGCAUUGGAGUCCAUUGCAAGUCAGACCAUUGGUUUUCAUCUAACCAAAGCUUAUGUUAUAGAAUAUUUUGCAAAUGUUAUGAAAAACAAUACCCAAGAAAACGGUGAACUCACUCUGAUGGGCACACUUUUGGAUGUUGUGCUGCGCCGAAUCGUAACUCCCGUUGACAUGAAGAGCUUCAGUGAGUUGGUCCAAACUCACAAGAAGAUAACUGGGGAGGAAUCACUUAUCUUGGAAGCAGGGGUCAAGGAGAUGGCGGUUAAGGUGCAUUGGCGAGUGGCGAAUUCUAUGAAAAUAUUUCAGGCGAUCAAAAAGCUGAAACAGCGGGUCACCCCCAGUUCCACUGCAUAAUAAUAUGAUUGGCAAGACCAGUAAUCAUUCAUAAAUAUAUAUAUAUAUAGUAUGUAUGUUGUAUAUUUAGUUAUGCAUGCUCUAUAUUGUUAAUCAAUAAUAAUAAUAAUCGUAAUUGGAAUUGAAC